UGCCAGUCGGUAAGCAUCAUCACUUCUUUCGUCAUGUUGUGAUGUUUGUAAGCAAUAAAUGAGCAGGACUGUGUGUGUUUGUGUAUUGCGCAUGUAAAUACAUGUAUAUAUCAUGUAAUAUUUAUAGGAAAACUGCUCAGGUUUGUUUGAACCAAACUUUGUGUGGUUGCCUUCAAAAAUUGUGGUACAGUACGAAUAAGUCAACAGAAGAUAUUUCUAUACCUUAUUGGUUGGUACAAUAUUUAUAAUUCAAUACUCAAUUGUUCAUACUUAAGUGUGAAAGAAAUUAUUAUUAUUUAUCUGCAAUUUUAUCAAUUUGUGUUUCUUUGUUUGAAAGUUGAAGAUUAGAGACCAGAAACAAGACAAUUAGUAAUAAUUUCGAAUACAAAAUUUUAGAUUCCUUUUCUUCCUUGUAUGUUUUUUACAAUAUGCUUAAAGGGUGAAUUAUAUCUUACUGCUCUGUAUUGUUACCCAGUGGAAAAAAGAUAUAUCCAUCGGCAAAUUAAAAUUAUUGAUAUUGGCGGGAAUUAUUCAAGUGAGAUUACAUUUCUGCUUUUAAAACUGCUUACAAACUUUAAUUUUGUAACAAAAUUUCCAUAAAAUGUCAAAACAGAAAGCCAAAACAAAAGGUCGUACUUAUGAAAAGAAUCAUUUUUGUAUUAUAUGUAAUAAGGUUUAUUCCCGCAAAUUUCAAUUAAAUGAUCAUUACCGUACACAUACUGGGGAAAAGCCUUAUUCUUGUAGCGUAUGCAAUAAAAGUUAUUCUUAUAAAUGGUUAUUAGAUAAACACAGCUUAGUUCAUACUGGUGAGAAACCUUUUCCUUGUGGUGCAUGUUCUAAAAGUUUCAAAACAAAAUUUGAAUUAACACAUCAUAUGACUGUUCAUCUUAAUGACAGUGACAAACCGUAUUCUUGUAAUGUAUGUGAUAAAAGAUUUUUAUCAACGACUCAACUAAUGCAACAUACAAAGACUCAUUCCAGUGAGAAACCGUUUUCUUGCAGUGAAUGCAGUAAGAGCUUUUCAACAAAGUUUAAAUUAUCUGACCAUUUCAGGACUCAUACGGGUGAGAAACCUCAUUCUUGCGAUGUAUGCGGUAAGAAAUUUUCAGCGAAAAGUGAUUUGACAAAACAUAAAUUUACUCAUGAAAAAUCUUUUUCUUGUAAUGUUUGUGAUAAGGUUUUUUCUCGGAAGUAUCAGUUAGCUGAACAUCACUACAUUCAUGCUGGCGUAGAACCUUAUUCUUGUCCUGUAUGUGAUAAGGCUUUUUAUAGGAAACAUCAGUUAUCUAAACAUAAAUCUAUCCAUAAGAAAACUGAUGAGCUCAAUUCUUGCACUGAUUGAAACAGCCAUAUUGUGGAAAGGCAUAAAAAAGAAAUUGUCUUCAGUAUCAUCUUUACGCAUGUGCACACCCUGACAGUGCCCCGGGGGCCCUUGAUAAUCUUACUUUUUAUAAAUUGUAUUUAAAAAAAUCUAAGAAUCAGCAACAUUGACUUAUAUAUUGUUUAAAAUAAAUAUAUUCUUUUGUAUAA